ACAGAUGUCAUACAAACAGAUCUAGGGAAGGAACAAGCCAUUGUCGUGUACUAUAACGAUCAACCGAUGAACGACUUCAAUCGGCUAAGCAAAGUCAUCCAAGGUAAUAGACAGGAUUAUGGACGAACUGUCAACAAUAACGUCUAUUGGGUGAUCGUUCCUAGGACUAUGUUUGAACAAUGUCUCCCGAACAAUACUCUGGACCUGGCAAUUUCCUCUGUAGCAACACAUUAUUUGUCAAAACAAGUUUGUCAAAUAAAAAAUGGUGUAUUCAUUGGCGAAGCAGAUGACAUUGAACAAUGUUUGAUGAAGGAACAAGCAAAAGCUGAUUGGAGGUCUUUUGUUAUUUCUAGAGGACGGGAACUAAAGCCUGGUGGUUUUCUUAUAACAAUAACCACAUCUUCCAACGAAAAUGACGAUAAAUUAUUGCAACUAGAUGGGGGAUUUCUAAGUCUAGGGAGCAUCGUGUCUGAUAUGGCAAGAGAAAGCAUAAUUUCACAGGAGGAGUAUCUUGGAACAAACUUUCAUUGCCACUAUCUGAGAAAGCCGGCCGAUUUUGAGGAACCGUUCACCAGUGCUCUACCGGAAGUAAGGGAACUUGGAUUGGAACUGGUGUCUGUUAAAACAACUAAACACUAUCCACGACACUCAACGUUUGAUAUUGUCAACAAAGACGAGGCAGAACAACUGGAAUAUUCCCGCACAAUAGUUGCUUCGAUUUACCCGUGGAUACAUCACGUGCUUUGCGGAGGAUUGUCUGUUUCCCGAACGGAGGAUGAGAAACAGACCAUCAUUGACGAAUUCUUCACCAGAUUGCAGACGUAUGCGUUUGAUCAUUCAGAUCAUAAACCGACCCACAUCUACACACAGGUUGUUAUAAAGAAAACUCACAUAUAAUGAACAACGAAUGGAACAUACCUAACGUGGGCAAUUUAACCACAGCAUAUACAACAUAAACAGUUAUUUAUACUCAGUUAAAACCACAUAUGAUUCCCGUAGAAUAUAUUCCACUAUAUCAAGCAAAUGUAACAAGUGUACCACAGCAGCAUCAAAAUAAACCAACCAAAAAAGUUUCGAUAUUUCUUGAGUACAGUAGUAUUCUGACAGUGCUGAACUUUUGUGAAAAUCAAAUGCGGUGACCUCUUUUCAAGGUUACAGGGGUCAAUUUAUUUUUCAAAGCUAAAACGACUUUUGUUUAUAAAAAACACCGGAUUGCCUAGAGUCAUAAUAUUCGGCUGAAUCUUACUAGUUUUUCCAAACCUUGUGUCCCAUUCAAGGUCAUGAUUCCAAUUUGUUUAAGUGCUGCAAAGAGUUCUCUUAAGAUCAAAAAUUCAUGAUGUCAUGAUGUUUAGACGGCAGCUAGCUGGUAUGGAAAGCUACAUAGAUUACAAAAAAUACUGUUCUUUGUUCGCGGUCAUAGAGGAUAACUGUGUUAGUGUGUUGAUUUUUUAAAAGAUUUUUCUUGAAAACGAGGAAUUUGGUCAAGAUAUUUGAUUUUGAUGCAUGCUUGGGUAAAUGGCUAUCAAAUUUGUUAAAUUAUAAUACAUUGACAAAAGUUUGACAUUUCCACAAGUAAUAUAGAUUUAAAACACUAAAGGUGCAAAAGGGGAAGAGUAUUGUUAUUUAGCCUACAGAGGUAGCUUGACUGUUUAAACAUUUGAAAUAUAUUUGACUUUGACUAACUUUGAAGGUCAAAUAAAUAAGUUCGUUUGUUUAAAUGUGAGCGGUCUUUGUCAAAUGGGCCUCUUAUUUGUAGAAAAAAAUGUCAAAUCAAGAACAAUAUGCAUGAGCUCACUGGAAUAAUUAUCAUUGGGAUAUCUAUUUUUAUAGACUAAUUAUGUUCACAAUUAUAAAGGCAUGAUGAAACCUAGACAUAACCAAUAAAGGCGUCGAAAAUC